AUGGCCUCUACGUCUUCAUCCGAACCGAUUAUCUUCUACGACAUAGCCUCGGGCCCGCCUCUGCGCCCAUACGCACCCAACCCAUGGAAGACGCGGUAUGCCCUCAACUUCAAGCGCGCAAACUUCGUCACGCAAUGGGUCGACCUGUCCGAGGUAACAGCGACCCGAAAAAGCCUCGGCGUGGAUCCGGUGCGCUUCUUCAGCAAUGGAGAGCCUUUCCAUACUCUGCCAGCCAUCAAAGACCCAUCCACCAAUACCGUUGUGGGAGAUUCAUUCGACAUCGCCGUGCAUCUGGAUAAAAAGCACCCCACUGGCGCUUCGUUGUUUCGGCAGUCAAUCGGAUUGUACGCGGCGUUCAACGCUCAAAUUGACUCAAUCUUCUUCAUCGGCGCAGCACUUUGCCCCCAGGGUCUACCGCUGAACCCGGAGACUGCGGAACAGUGCAAAGCUGAGUUUUGCAGGCGGGCCGGCUUCAAGACAUGGGAUGAGCUCAUCGUGCGUGGGGAGGAUAGGAAAAAGGUCUUGACUGAGUUCCAGGCUGCCCUGGGUGAGGCCGCGAAGUUUUUCAGGUUUUCCGACGGUCCAUUCAUAGGAGGCAAAGACCCCGAUUACGCGGAUAUCAUAAUUGGCGGCUGGCUGAUGUUCAUGAGCCAAGUGGUGUCUGAAUGGGAGGAGAUUCGCUCGUGGCAUAGUGGGGUUUGGGGGAGGCUGCAUGAUGGUCUGGAGCCCUAUAGAGGAACAUGGUGA